AUUGCCAACAACCUUGACAAGCGAUGGGACGGAUUGCUUUGUCAAGGUUGAUGCAGUUAACCGGCAAGGGCGACUGCACAUCCGCAUGCAGCGGGGCUUCGCGGGUUUAAGCUGUUUCACAAACGCCAGCAGUCACAGGGACAUUUGAAGUACUUCGGACAUGGAUCUUUUGAGCCAAAGUGACAUCAUCCUCAGUACAAGAGAACAUGCGAUAGCUGACUCAACCUUCCUGCCGCAGUUGCUGGGUCUCCGCGGUCAGACCACGACGCGCUGGUCCUUGGUCGUCGCGUCCAUAUUCGGCUACUGCCUCUGUCUUGUCUCGUUCUACAGCCCGAUGUUCAAAAUGACGCUGCAAAACAUCUCGAUCGUCGCGGGGACGCUGUGCUAUGCCGGCCAGACACUGGGCUUUGUCAUGCUGCGCACGUCGUACAAGAUCGACACGAAGGGGUACAAGAGUCCAUACGGGCUCACCGGCGCGUACUACGUGUUUGUCGUGUUCUUCUUGGUGUUCGUGUCGAUUGCCGGGGGGUUCCAGGGCGACGACGGCAUUGCCAUCCUGUCCACGAUCGGGUUCGUCGCCGUGCUCACCGUCUACUACUUGCUCGUGUGCCAAAAGGUGCAAACUGUGUCCAAGGAAGAGUACGCGUCCAUUUUCAAGUUUAGCGUGAUGAAGUUUAACAAGCUGCGGGCGUCCAAGAAGAAGAGGACAUCCGCGACGAGUCAACCCUCCUUGGCGUCAAUGGUUCGUGGCAUCGUCAGACAUAGUGGAGGUUCGACGUCGAAUUGACGAGGAUAUUUCCCACUUGUUUGACAAUUGAAACACUGCUACGUUGCCGC